CACACAGAGCAAAAGAAACAGAAACAGAGUUAGAGAGAGAGAGAAUGGAUACGCUAAACCAAGAGAUAACCCACCCUUCUCAUCCUUACCACCGACUCAUUCUCACCCCUACUCCGGCUUACACCAGCGGCCAAUUCAUCUGCGACUCCUGUAAUAUCCAUAGCACCGGAUACAGUUACCAUUGUUCUACUUGUAACUUUGAUUUAUGUCUCCAAUGCGUUAUCAAACCAUUGAUUAAGAAUCAUAACUUGCAUCCUCACCAACUUCAUCUCACCUUUGCUCCUCCUUACAUAUCAAAUACAUUCUCCUGCGAUGUUUGUCAUCAUCUCGGAACUUCCCAAUGGCUUUACCGAUGCGCCCCCUGUCAAUUUGACGUACAUCUCGACUGCCCUUCAGCAACACAACAGAGCCAGCAUGGGGUGUUGCAAAGUCAACGGCAGCUGGUACAGUCAUCAUGCAGGUCUCCGGCGCCGGCUACGGCUACAUUUCCUGCGACGGCACCGUCUCCGGCUACGGUUACAUUUCCAGCUGCGGCGGCACCGUAUCCGGCUACGGUUACAUUUCCUGCUGCGGCGGCACCGUCUCCGGCUACGGUUACAUUUCCUGCGGCGGCACCGCCUCCGGCUACAUUUCCUGCGGCGGCACCGCCUCCAUCUACGGCGAAUAAUCAAUCCUUAGGGGAUUCAAUGAUGAAGGCGGCGGUACUAGGGUUUAUAGGGGGGACGUUCACCGAGGUGGGACACAAUUUUUCAAAAUUUAUGUUCGACGACUAUUAACAAUAUGGUGGAGGUUAAC